UCAAGAGGUACCUCCCCAAUCAGAGGAAACAUCUUCAUCCAAUGUUCAGACUACUGUUGAUAAUUUAGCCAUUGCUUCUUCCAUUCAGAUUAGUGUACAUAAAUUGAAUGGUAGGAAUUAUAUCUCAUGGUCUCAGUUGAUGAAGUUAAUUGUUAGAAGUCGUAGGAAGUUAGGCUACUUGACGGGAGCAAUCCAAGCUCCAUCUGUUUAUGAUCCGGCAUACCAAAAAUGGGAUACUGAAAAAAGUGUGGUAAUGACUUGGCUGAUUAAUUCUAUGGAGGAGGAGAUUGUCAGAUUGUAUCUAUUUCUACCUCCAGCAAAAGAUAUUUGGGACAUGGCAAAGGAGACGUACUUUGAUGUUGGAAAUUCAACCUAGAUUUUUUAGAUUAAAUCUCAGUUGCAGGAGGCCAAACAAGGUAAUAUGUCUAUGACUCAAUAUUAUGGUGUAUUGGCCAAGUUAUGGCAAGAGUUUGAUUUGUUUUUUGAGGCUGACUGGAGUUGUUCUCAAGAUAGUGUAAAAUAUAAUAAAAUGGUGGAGAAAGAAAUAGGGUUUGAGUUCUUAGCAGGAUUGAAUAAGGAGUUAGAUGAGGUGAGGGGUAGAGUUUUGAGGAAAGAGAUUUUACCCUCCAUCCGGGAAGUCUUUACCGAAGUGAGAAGAGAAAAGAGCAAAAGAAGAGUGAUGAUGGGAGAAUCAGCAGGUAUAGGUAGCCAAAAUAUGCAAUCAGAGUCUGAGUCUUCAGCCCUUGUUUCAAAGGGUUGCAAGACAUCUAAUAGAUCUAGUGGAGAUCAACGAAUGAUGUGGAAAGGAGAGAAAGUGUGGUGUGAAUUUUUCCAUAAGCCAUGGCAUACCAAAGCAACCUGUUGGAAGCUGCAUGGUAAACCUGCAAAUUGGAAGCCUAAUAAAUUGGGUGCUAAACAGGUGCAUGUGGAUGUAGAAGAUGGUGUACCUACGAAAUCUGAUGCACAUUCAGGGGCUAUGCCAUUUAGCAAGGAGCAGCUGGAGCACCUGUAUGAGUUAAUUAAUCAGUCCAGAUCUGGUUCUUUCAGUCAUUCUUGUUCCAUUGCAGAACCGGGUAAUUCCCGAACAGCUUUACACGAUGCACACAAAUCUUGGGUUAUAGACUCAGGUGCAUCAAACCAUAUGUCAGGUGGAGAUCGUGAGUGAAUAUCAUUUAUGGGAAGUUUUACUACCUAUCGAACUUGUAAACUCAUCUGUAGAUUUAGGAAGCCCAAAUUCUAAAUCAACUCAACUACCUAUGGAACCUGUGGCUUCAUCUGAAGACUUAGAAAGCCAGAAUUCUAAAUCAACUCAAGAUUCCCAGAAUUGAGUUCACCUUCAACCAUGCCUCCUGUAAAGUCUAAUAAGUUUGGUUCUGUGGAUUCUAUAGAUUGUAAUUGUCUCAAGAAAAGUUACACAUAGGGGGAGGUUUGGAACGAUUGAAUGGACAUGACUGAAAUUUAAUUCUUGGAAAUCCAGUUAUCAAGGUAAUGAAUAUUAUGAAGAAGCAUGGCCAAUUGUCUCAACCGAGAGAAGAAUCUGGUUCACAAUUGACAAGUAAAGAGAAUUCAUUUGAAACUUCUUCUGAUAAGACGGGUUUUAUUCUUGAUGACAGUUAUUAUCUCCCUAUAGCUAUUCGAAAAGGAGUUUGGACAUGUACUCAACAUCCUAUCUCUAAGUUUAUGUCUUAUGAGAAACUUUCAUCCAAGUUUCAUGUAUAUGCCACUAGUCUUUCUACCGUAGAGAUUCCAAAGACAUUUCAGGAAGCUUUGAGUGAUCCUAAGUGGAGAGAGGUUGUCAUGAAAGAGAUUAAUGCAUUGGAGAAAAAUAAGACUUGAGAGCUUGUGAAUCUACCUGACCAAAAGGCUACUGUUGGUUGUAAAUGGGUGUUUACUAUUAAAUACAAGGCAGAUGGUACAGUGGAGAGACACAAAACAAGAUAAGUGGCUAAGGGAUUUACAUAGACAUAUGAUAUUGAAAAUGGGUGGA